ACGUAGACUGAGUUAGCACCGCAGUCUCUGCCGACAGCUUUCUUGCGUCCAAAACUAAGCUCUAACUGCUUUCUAUUUUUGUUUUCUAUGCCAACUAAAGAGUCACCAAGAAGCAAAAGCGACGUUUUAUUUGAAUGUUUUAGUUUAAAGGGUGAGAGAGGCACUGUAGAGCUCGUCGUACAGCCUAGCCAAACUCUCUCUAUCAGAGGCUCUGCUGCUUUUUCGGUGUCCGGAAGUUCUGUGGGAAAAAAGUGAGAAAGGCAUGAAAAAAAGGAGCUGGAGGAGACUUUUGGCCGAUUUUCUCCGAGCACAGUGAAGUACUGUUUUCUCUCGGAAAUCCAGCGGAGCGGACAGAGGGCGCGUGUUUUUACUGUAUUUAUCUAAUAAGUGGCAGCGUGUAUUAAUUUAUCGAUGGGUCUACCGACGCUGGAGUUUAGUGAUUCUUUCCUGGACAGUCCGGAGUUCAGAGAACGACUGCAAUGCCAUGAGAUAGAGCUGGAGCGCACCAACAGGUUUAUAAAAGACCUCAUCAAAGAUGGAAACAUGCUCAUAUCUGCCCUCAGAAAUCUCUCGCUUGCUGUUCAGCGCUUCUCUCAGUCUCUACAGGAGUUCCAGUUUGAAUGUAUCGGAGAUGCUGAGACUGAUGAUGAGGUCAAUAUAGCCCAGUCCUUAAAGGAAUUCUCUCAGCUCUUGAGCACCAUGGAAGAGGAGAGAAAACGACUGAUCCAGAAUGCCGAUGACGUGCUGAUCUCACCACUUGAGAGGUUUCGUAAGGAGCAGAUCGGAGCUGUUAAGGAGGGAAAGAAGCAGUUUGACAAGGAGACAGAAAGGUACUACUCUGUUCUUGAGAAACACCUCAGCCUUUCCUCCAAAAAGAAGGAAACACAGCUGCACGAGGCUGACUCACAGAUGAGUAAGGACAGGCAGGUUUUUUAUGAUGCAUCGUUGCAGUAUGUCUUCAAGAUCCAAGAAGUGCAGGAGAGAAAGAAGUUUGAAUUUGUGGAGCCGCUAUUAGCCUUCCUGCAGGGUUUGUUUACAUUCUACCAUGAGGGCUACGAGCUGGCCAGUGAGUUUGAACCCUACAAGCAGCAGCUUCAGUUCAACCUGCAGAAUGCUCGCAAUAACUUUGAAAGUACACGUGCUGAGGUGGAGAGGCUGAUGAAGAGGAUCCGAUCGGCAGAAGAAGAUUUCAAAGCCCCCAGUUGCUUUACCAUGGAGGGAUAUCUGUAUAUACAGGAGAAACGUCCAUUGGGCAGUGUGUGGACCAGAUACUACUGUACUUAUGAAAAAAGCUCCAAGAUGUUCACCAUGAGCAACACAGAGGCCAGACCAGCCAGCAGACAGAAUGGUGUUGUGAACGGUGCCCCGGAGAUGUUCAGGCUGCGCUCGUGUGUCAGAAGGAAGACUGAUUCAAUCGACAAACGCUUUUGCUUCGACAUUGAGGUGGUAGAGAGACAUGGCGUCAUCACCUUACAGGCGCUCUCUGAGGCCAACAGGCGGCUGUGGAUGGAGGCAAUGGAUGGAAAAGAACCUAUCUACACAUUACCUUCUUUACUCAGCAAAAAGGAGGAGACAUUUCUUAAUGACGCAGGUUUCAACUUUGUUAAGAAGUGUAUUGAACUGGUGGAAACAAGAGGUAUUACCACCCUGGGACUCUACAGGACUGGAGGAGUCAACUCCAAAGUGCAGCGGUUGAUGACGAGUGUGUUUGCGGCCACAGCUCCCCCUGACAUGCAGCUGGACGCAGACGCCUGGGACAACAAGACCAUCACCAGCGGCCUCAAGAAUUAUUUCAGGUGUCUGGCAGAACCUGUGCUGACCUAUAGACUGCAUAAAGAAUUCAUAAAGGCUGCAAAGUAUGAUGACCAGAAAUACAGAGUGAGAGCCAUUCAUGCUCUUGUUCACAAACUACCAGAAAAAAACAGAGCCAUGUUGGACCUCUUAACCAGCCACCUCCUCAAAGUGUCCUCUCACAGUGACCAGAACCUGAUGACUGUGUCCAACUUGGGAAUGAUCUUUGGCCCCACGUUGAUGAGGUCACAGGAAGAGACUGUGGCUGCCAUGAUGAACAUAAAGUUUCAGAACAUUGUAGUGGAGAUUAUCAUUGAAAACCAUGAUAAGAUCUUUGGUGAGGCCCCAGACCUCUCGCUGCCGUUACCUCAGGCUCCGUCCUCUCGGUCGACUCCUCGGAGGAACAAGGCCAUCUGCCUGUCAUCUGGAAAGAGGAAGGCUCGUCUCUACCCUCCUGCUCUCUGCCUGGCCGACAAUGACAGUGACACAUUCAGUAGCAGCCCCAGCACCACUCCAAUGGGUAGCCAGGAGUCUCUGUCCUCGCAUUCCUCUGAAAAGAACGGAUUGUCUCAGACCUCACCUCCGUCCUCUCCUGCUGCCGAGCCCGGCUCGUCCUCCCCAGCGCCUGCAUCUCCUCCAGCAGCUUCCGCCUGCUCCCCCUCCCACAACUGCUCAAAUGAGAAGGAUCAGAAACACCCGACAGAUAGCACCACCUCCCCUCACCUCACGCCUUCCUCCUCCUCCUGGACUUCCUCCCAGCUCACUCCAGCCCAGCAGACUUCCUCUGUGUCCUCCUCCACAUCCUCUUUACUCUCUGCAGAAAGGAGUCUGUCUGUCAAAGGAAACUCAACUGCCUCCUUGUCAUCUGUUAAAGAGUCGAGAUCUCCCUCCAGAGCCUCCACCCAGCAUGCUUCAGUGGAGUGCGCCUCCUCUCUCAGGGAGGGUCAGCCUGUUCAGAGAGUGUCAUCUGUCUCCUCUCUGAAGAGCAUUAAUUCGGUGGAUCAAAGAAAUGCACCAACUUCCGCUGUCACAGAAACCAGAGUGACAGACUCUACCUCUCCUCGGCAGCACAGGACUUCGUACAGGACUGCCUCCUCCUCCUCUUCCUCCUCCUCCUCACUGUUUCCCUACCAACUUUCCACAUCUUCCUCUCUCACCUCCCUACACAUCUCUGAGGAUUACAAAAGCUGUCAUGGAUCAGUACAGAGUCUCAUGUCGCUGGACCCACGAGGCGCAACACACACACGUAAAACUUCACACGUCCGGUGUGGCUCAGAUCUGACUGCAAAACACUCUGAGGCCUCAUCCAGUAACUGUUACCAGAGGCCUGGAUCAUUAUUGUCAGUUGAACUACCACAACGUGAGAGUUCAGUAUUCUCCUCAGCAUUAGACAUAUGUUCCUCAGGAAGGGAAGCAAAAGCUCUUUACUCCUGUGAAGCAGAGCACAGCCAUGAGCUCAGUUUUCCACAGGGGGCGCUGUUCUCAAAUGUGUACCCGUCUGUGGAACCAGGUUGGCUUCAGGCGACGUACAACGGCAGAACAGGCCUCAUACCUGAAAACUAUAUCACCUACAUCUGACACACCUGAUGACGUCAUCGCCGCAUCACUGAAUAACACAACGAUCUAACUUAGACUUUAGGGAUCUACAGUGCAUACAUUAACAACUCUGUGCUGCUGAUCAAAGAUAUAUUUAUCUUGUAACUGUGACUGCUAUCACUGAACAGUAUGUAUGUCAGACUACUGUGGCUGGAUCUGAAUGAUGUGUGUACUGUAUGUAUAUCUGACUACUAUAUCUGAACCAUGUUAUGUGUUAUUAAGCAGCUUAUAAUACAGUAGAUGUUAAUAUGUGACACGUUGAUUUCACUUGAUCAACAUUAUCAGCUCCUCUUUUAUGUUUGUGUUCAGCCUGAGAACGCUACAUGAAAUGUGUCUGCAAGGUACAUGUGAACAGUAUUUUUCUAUCGAUCUUGGUAAUUUAUGUGUUUGUAAAUAAUCAUGUUAAUGGUAUAACUGUCCAGAGAUGAAGUGUUAACACGUCUGUCCUGGAGCAGUAUGAACUGUUGGUCUAAGAAUCAAUCUGACCAUAACACCUUCCUCCUACUGCCUCCUACUGUCAGAUUUCAUGCUGCCUAAAUAAAGGACAAAUACGAAAAUUA